GGUCGUAUCACAUGGAUGGUUAACUAGAACUCCAUUUUCAUCCAAUUGACAUGCGACUCAACCCCUGUAUGAGCAAGGCUCAGCUGGCCCGAAUGGUUCAGCUUUGUUGUUUAUCGUCAAUAUGGGAGCCACAAUCGUUGCAGUCAAACUGCCAUGAAGUAUGUCCCUUUCCGUAUCAGGUUCGUUGAGACUUCUAUCUGCCAUCUCAUCCGCAUUCCGUGCUGCAUAAAGAGAAAGUGGUAUUGUACAAUAAUAUGUUGUCGGCCAUUGAUCCCUAUUCCGUCACUGUUCCACUGCAACAGAAAUCAUCGCGAUGUUUUCCAAAUCCCACCUGACAUGUGCGCUGUUGUUCUGUUUCGUCACUCGCACUAUUGCACAAUUCGACAUGUCAUCGAACCAGAAUCUGGCUGUGUACUGGGGUCAAAACUCGUAUGGAGCUGUGAAUCCAUCCGAUACUGCAAAUUGGCAGCAGCCCAUCUCUUACUAUUGCAAUGACACCGUGAUCAACACUCUCCCGAUAGCCUUUCUAGACGAGUUCUACUCAACAGGAAAUCUCCCGUCCAUCAACCUUGCAAAUACCUGCACGAGCCCUGUUUUUUCAGGGACGGACCUCCUCAAUUGCUCAUUCCUCGCAUCGGAUAUCGAAUAUUGUCAAGCUGCAGGAAAAAUCGUCACAAUGUCGUUGGGAGGAGCAACAGGUUCUCCCGGCUUCACAAAUGACACCGAAGCAGCGGCAUAUGCCCAGAUAAUUUGGGAUCUUUUCCUGGGAGGUUCGAGUACUACGCGUCCUUUCGGGUCCGCUGUUCUGGACGGCAUCGAUAUGGACAUCGAAGGUGGCUCUCAGACUGGACUUGUAUCUUUCUUGUCUGCCCUUCGCACCUUGAUGGAUGGUGGCAGUAAGCCGUACUACAUCACUGCGGCGCCUCAAUGUCCUUACCCCGAUGCCUACAUUGGUACUACUCUGAACGAAUUUGGAUUUGACGCUGUAUAUGUCCAGUUUUAUAACAACUAUUGUGGAUUGACGAAUUACGACAAUACGAAUGCUUGGGACUUUGACACAUGGGACAACUGGGCACAGACAGUAUCGCCCAAUCCAGAUGUCAAAGUCUACAUAGGUGCCCCAGCAUCAUCGAGUGCAGCUGGAUCCGGAUAUGUCAGUCCAUCGACGUUUACCCCAAUUAUCCAGGAAACAAUGGCCGAAUAUUCAUCUUUUGGAGGCGUCAUGCUGUGGGACGCGUCUCAGGCGUAUGCAAAUGACAGAUACGACAUCUCUGUCAAGGAUGCACUGUUAGGUGGUACGUCUGCCCCUCCGCCGACGACUACAAUUACGACUACGACCACGACUGUGCCUACUACUAAGACCACAAUUGUGUCGACUACUUCCACAACGAGCACCAGCACAACAUCAAGUGCUUCUCCCACAACAACAUCUGGAACUGGUUCCUGCGCUGGUGUGGCAGCAUGGCAAACUGGUGUUGCGUAUGUUGGAGGUGACGAAGUCACAUACGGGUGCGUGUACAAGUUGACUUGCGCUCAUGGAUUGGCACUUAACGUAUCACGUUAUAACAGCGGGGAUCUCUGGACCGCGAAUUGGUGGUCGGAGAAUGAUGUUCCGGGCGGUGCUUCCGGUGACUGGGCGAACGAUGGCGCAUGUGUAUAACCAUUCUGCCUCUGCGCGCUUUUGUUAGGUGUAGAGGUCGUUGCCGUUACUGAACUGCUCUAACCCAGCCUAAUAUCUUCUACCUAUGUACAACAAAUAUUUAUACUACGCAGAGCUGUCUUACAUGUACCAUUAGUUUUCAACAUUGAUGUAAUUUUCUUGCCUUUCUUGCCUUUCUCGAGUAGUUUACAAUAAAUUUUUACAAGCACCCUUUAUCUGACCUAAUUAUAUGCCUCG